UGCAAUGACUUGUCUGGGGAGGGUCGUUUUCAGUGUGAUAGUUUCAUGUGAGUUUCUCCAACUUCUUCAGGUGACUCUCCUUUCAAAUGAACUGAGUUCAGUUUGUGGAGCUGAGUGGGAUCACAAGAGAGCAUCAUCAAGUUCUCGACAGCCAGCAAAGUUCGAUCAGAGAGGAAAAAGAUCUGCACAGAGAACGAGAACUCUUGUAUUCAUCAGCAGCAUUGGCUCGUGGAUCUCUCUCAUCUGCUUUGUCUUCAACGGCUUUGGCCAAGCGAAUCUUUCUCUUGAUGGGUCUGCUACAUGGCUUACCAAUGGAUUGUUGCAGCUCGCCAAAGAUUCGCAGCAUCAGAUGGGUCAUGCUUUCAUCAAGAAGCCAAUUGGUUUCAGCUCCUCUAAACCACUCUCGUUCUCAACGCAUUUCGUGUGUGCUCUUGUGCCUAAGCCAGGAUUCGAAGGCGGCCACGGCAUUACCUUUGUGAUAUCUCCUUAUGUGGAUUUCUCCCGGGCGCAACCAACUCGAUACUUGGGGAUUUUCAACGCCUCAACGAAUGGAUCUGCCUCUUCUCAACUGUUUGCUGUUGAGCUCGACACUGUCAAGAACUCAGAUUUCCGUGAGAAGAACAAUAACCACGUCGGAAUCGAUGUGAACAAUCCCAUUUCAGAAGAAUCAGCACCUGCUUCUUACUUUUCCAAAACAGAGAAGAAGAAUGUGAGUAUUAGUCUCUCAAGUGGUGAUCCUAUACAGGUCUGGAUUGAUUAUGAAGGAACUUUACUCAAUGUUUCUUUGGCUCCUCUUGAAGCAGAGAAGCCAAGUUUGCCUCUUUUGUCACGACCCAUCAAUCUCUCAGAAGUGUUUCCGAGUAGAAGAUUGUUCGUUGGGUUCUCUGCAGCAACAGGGACAGCAAUCAGCUACCAUUAUCUUCUUGGAUGGAGUUUCAGCACAAACAGGGAGUUCUUGCAGCUACUUGACAUCUCAAAACUUCCACGAGUUCCUCGUCCUAGAGUUGAGCAUAAGAAACCAUACGCUCUAAUCAUCGCUCCGGUCGCUGCUCUUGCUAUCAUAGUAAUAGCUGUUCUUUCAGGAGUUUAUUACCACAGGAAGAAGAAGUAUGCAGAAGUAAACGAACCAUGGGAAAAGGAGUUUGGUACACACCGCUUCUCGUACAAAUCCUUAUACAUAGCAACAAAAGGGUUCCACAAGGAUGGGUUUCUGGGAAGAGGAGGUUUUGGUGUAGUGUAUAGAGGAGAUCUCCCUGAGUGCAAACCUAUUGCUGUGAAGAGGGUGUCUCAUGAUGGUGAACAAGGGAUGAAGCAAUUCGUGGCUGAAGUCGUGAGCAUGAGAAGUCUGAAACACAGGAAUCUUGUCCCACUUCUUGGGUAUUGCAGGAGAAAAGGCGAGCUUUUACUCGUCUCCGAGUACAUGCCCAACGGUAGUCUUGACCAGCACUUGUUUGAUGACCAAACUCCGGUUCUUUCUUGGUCCCAAAGACUUGUGAUUCUAAAAGGUAUAGCCUCGGCUCUCUUUUAUCUCCAUACGGGAGCUGAACAAGUUGUUGUACACCGAGACAUCAAAGCUUCUAACGUUAUGUUAGACGCUGAGUUAAACGGUAGGUUAGGAGAUUUUGGUAUGGCUAGGUUUCAUGACCAUGGAGGCAAUGCAGCCACAACAGCCGCGGUUGGAACUGUUGGGUACAUGGCACCUGAGCUAAUAACUAUGGGAGCUUCCACUGUAACAGAUGUCUAUGCCUUUGGUGUUUUCAUGCUUGAAGUAGCUUGUGGUAGGAAACCAGUGGAACCAGGGCUGGAAGUUGAGAAACGGUAUGUGAUCAAAUGGGUUUGUGAAUGUUGGAAGAAAGAUUCUUUGCUUGAUGCUAAAGAUCCAAGACUUGUUGGAGAGUUCUUACCCGAGGAGGAAGUCGAGUUGGUUAUGAAACUCGGGUUGUUAUGUACAAACAUCGUGCCUGAAUCAAGACCAACAAUGGAACAAGUGGUUCUUUACUUAAACGGGAACUUACCGUUGCCUGAUUUCUCGCCUUAUACACUUGGGAUCGGCUCGUUUACUCCUGUAGUGGUCGAUGCAGCUUCCCUUACAGUCUCGUGCACUUCGAGGAACUGGUCAGCUCCUUCGGUGUCUUCUUCAUCAGCCAACAACUCAAAGGACCAUGAACAGCCAUUGGAAUCUAAGAGCUCUCUAAACGUAGUUGACGAAUCUGAAGACAUUGAGUCUCGUCUCCCUAGGCCAAACAGUGGCAGGUGAUCAAGUUUUGAGUAUCAAGACAGUGAUCUCAUUUGAAGCAGUGUAUUCUCUAGAACAAUCAUAUCUAACUUCUGAAUGUUUUCAGAUCUUGUCUUCGCUGUAUUUUGAGUGUGUUUUGC